AUGGCGGGCGGGCCUCUCGGGAACGGAGACCCGGGCGUCUACGGCAGCGCUCUGAGGACAGGAUCCUUCCUGGAGCAGGCCCCCUUCCGAUCAACUGUUUCCAACCCCCCAAUCCGGCUCCGGAUCCCGGCUUCUCCCGGCCUAAACCCUGCGCUAAACGUUGGGGUGGUGUUGAGGACGUCGGAGGAGGACGGGACCGUGCCCCUCACCCGGGAGGAGUUGGGACGACUGAAUCCCAACCAGCACAACCUCUACAAUGACGUGAUGCUCCAGAGCUACGGGAACCUCUUCGCCCUGGGUAACGGAGGGCACGGGGGUGUCAUCCGAGGGGUCUCCCCGCUCUCCGCCUGGCCUCGACCCGAGGUCAGGGCUUCCCCGCGCUAUCCCGAGUUCCGAUGCCGGGUAUACGGGUGGGCAGAGGACGGAGACCCGGCCAGAGACGCCCCCGAAGACCCCGCCACCGGAGACCCCUCUGCCGGAGACCCCUGUCCAGAUGAGGGGCCGCCCGCCGAACCGGUCCAAACGUCCCUGGUGUACCCCCCGUCCGGCGGCUCCAUCCCCCAAGCCGGCCUCUCCCGUCUGUCUCCUCAGAUGAGAUCUCGAAGCCUGAGGGCAGAUCGCUGUGGUCGCCACCCCCGUUGCCCCCGCCGCCCCCGGAGCAGGAGCGGAGCGCGUCGCCCGCGGCGGGAGGCCCGGCCGAGCCCCGCGCAGGAGAGCCCCCAGGAGGCCUCCCCGGCCCAGGCAGAGGACGGCCCUACAUCGCCCGCAGGCGGCGCGCCCUGCCCCGAGUGCGGUCGUCCGUCUGGGGCCCCCGCGGAGGCAGGGGGCUGGGCCCCGUGCCCGGCCUGUGGGCCCCGUCGCCCCCACCCGUGCCCCGACUGCGGCAAGGCCUUCACGCGGCCCGCUUACCUGUCCCAGCUCAGGUCCACCCAGCGGGGCGAGCACCCCUUCUGCUGUGCCCAGUGCGAGAAGACCUUCCGCCGCGUCCCCCACCUGGCCCAACACCGCGCCACACACACGGAGGCCCGCCCCUUCUCCUGCCCGGACUGCGGCCAGGCCUUCCGCCAGCACGACGAACUGGCAGCCCACCAGUGGACGCACACGGGCGAGCGGCCCUACCCAUGCCCGGACUGUGGCAAGGUUUUCGCCUCCUCGUCCAGCCUGUUCAACCGGGCCUUCAGUGUCAAGUCCAACCUGGUACAGCAUCAGCGCACCCACAAGGGCGAACGGCCCUACAAGUGCCCGGCCUGCAAGCGGACCUUCACCGACCGCUCCAGGCUGACCCGCCACCGCCGCAUCCACAGCGGCGAGUGGCCCUAUGCCUGCCCCGACUGCGCCAAGACCUUCAGAUGCAGCUCCAGCCUCAUCCAGCACUGCCGCAGCCACAGCGGCGAGAAGCCGUACGCCUGCCCCGACUGCACCAAGGCCUUCCGCUGCAGCUUGCACCUGGUGAAGCACCAAUGCAUCCACACUGGCGAGCGGCCCUACGCCUGCCCUGACUGUAGCCGCGCUUUCCACUGUAGCACCAUGCUCAUCCAGCACCAGAAGACGCACACGGGCGAGAAGCCGUACUGCUGCGCCCAGUGA